CCCACAUCAAUGGAGGCUUCUUCUUCUUUGGUUGUUUUGACCCUGGCAUGUCUAGCUACUCUGGCCUUCCUAUCAAAAAUUAUAUUUUCCCAAAGCCACAAACCAAAAGCUCCGCCAGGUCCAAAACCAUGGCCUAUACUUGGCAACCUUAACCUCAUGGGACCUCUCCCACAUCAAUGCCUUCACAAAUUAUCUCAAACUUAUGGACCCUUAAUGCAGCUUAAGUUUGGCUCCUAUCCAGUGGUGAUUGCCUCAUCAGCAGAAAUGGCAAAACAGUUUCUGAAGACGCAUGAUCAUGUCUUUGCCUCUAGACCUCAAACUGCAGCUGGCAAAUACCUCACUUACAACUACAGAAACAUCACUUGGGCACCUUUUGGUCCAUAUUGGCGUCAAGGGAGAAAAAUUUUCAUGUCCGAGCUAUUUAGCUCAAAAAGACUAGCGUCUUUUGAGUACAUUCGUGUCGAGGAAAUUCGCGCUUUUACAUCGCGAUUCUAUGCCUUGUCAGGUAAGCCAGUCAUUCUUAAAGAGCAUAUCUCAAGGCUAACUCUUAGCACUGUGAGCAGGAUUGUGUUAGGUAAGGAGUAUUUUAGUGAGUCUCAGUUUGUGACUUCCACAGUGACACUGGGAGAAUUUCAGGACAUGUUAGAUGAGUUGGUGUGUCUUAGUGGGGUGUUAAAUAUUGGGGAUUGGAUACCAUGGCUUAAAUUUUUCGACUUACAAGGAUACGUAAAGCAAAUGAAGGCCUUAAAGAAAAAAUUUGAUCUCUUCCAUGAUUAUAUAUUGGAUGAACACAAGGCAAGGAAGAAAGAAGAGACAAAUUUUGUGCCAAAAGAUAUGGUGGACUUACUGUUGCAGCUGGUUGAUGAUCCUGAUCUUGAAGUUAAGCUCAACCGUGACAGUGUCAAGGGAUUCACUCAGGAUUUAAUAGCAGGGGGCACAGAUACCUCUGCUACCAAUUUGGAGUGGGCAAUGUCUGAACUCAUAAGACAACCACACCUCAUCGAAAAGGCAACCGAAGAGCUUGACAGAGUAAUUGGGAGAGAGAGAUGGGUGGAAGAGAAAGACCUCGAAAACCUUCCUUAUAUAGAUGCAAUUAUGAAAGAGACAAUGAGGAAGCACCCUGUGGUUGCAAUGCUUGCACCACAUCUAGCUCUUGACGAUUGCAAAGUGGAAGGUUAUGAUAUUUGUAAAGGAACUAGAGUGUUCAUAAACACAUGGAGCAUAGGGAGAGACCCUUCACUAUGGGAUGCACCAGAAGAGUUCAACCCAGAGAGGUUCUUAGGGAAGGCAAUUGAUGUGAAGGGUCAGAGUUUUGAGCUGCUGCCAUUUGGCUCAGGAAGGAGGAUGUGCCCUGGUUAUGGCCUCGGACUAAAAAUGAUUAGGUGCAGCUUGGCUAACAUGUUACAUGGGUUUAAUUGGAAAUUGCCUGAGAAUAUAAAACCAGAAGAUUUGAGCAUGGAGGAAGUUGCUGGAUUGUCAACACCAAGGAAGUUCCCUCUUGUUGCAGUCAUGGAGCCUCGGCUCCCAAUCCAUCUUUAUUGAUCAUAUCGUAUGUGAAUCUGCAAUGUUCUUGCUACAGUUUUUUUUUUUUUUUUUUU